AUGGAGAGGUUUACUGUGGACCGCGCUGAGCAGGACCAGGAGGAGCAGGAGGAGGAGAGGUUUACUGUGGACCGGGCUGAGCAGGACCAGGAGGAGCAGGAGGAGGGAGGGGACCAGUCUACAAGACCGGUCUACAGGACCGAAGGACCGGUCUACAGGACCGGUCUACAGGACCGCAGGACCGAAGAACUGGUCUACAGGACCGGUCUACAGGACCGGUCUACAGGACCGGUCUACAGGACCGAAGGACCGGUCUACAGGACCGAAGGACCGGUCUACAGUAACUACCUGAGUAACUACCUCAGUAACUACCUUAGUAACUACCUGAGUAACUACCUCAGUAACUACCUCAGAAACUAUAACUACCUCAGUAACUACCUCAGGAACUACCUCAGUAACUAUAACUACCUCAGUAACUACCUCAGAAACUAUAACUACCUCAGUAACUACCUCAGAAACUACCUGAGUAACUACCUCAGUAACUAUAACUACCUCAGUAACUAUAACUACCUCAGUAACUAUAACUACCUCAGUAACUACCUCAGUAACUAUAACUACCUCAGUAACUAUAACUACCUCAGUAACUAUAACUACCUCAGUAACUAUAACUACCUCAGUAACUAUAACUACCUCAGUAACUAUAACUACCUCAGUAACUACCUCAGUAACUAUAACUACCUCAGUAACUAUAACUACCUCAGUAACUAUAACUACCUCAGUAACUAUAACUACCUCAGUAACUACCUCAGUAACUAUAACUACCUCAGUAACUACCUGAGUAACUAUAACUACCUCAGUAACUACCUGAGUAACUAUAACUACCUCAGUAACUACCUGAGUAACUAUAACUACCUCAGUAACUACCUCAGUAACUAUAACUACCUCAGUAACUACCUCAGAAAGUACCUCAGUAACUAUAACUACCUCAGUAACUAUAACUACCUCAGUAACUAUAACUACCUCAGUCCUCACAGUCCCAGGUCCUCACAGUCCCAGGUCCUCACAGUCCCAGGUCCUCACAGUCCCAGGUCCUCACAGUCCCAGGUCCUCACAGUCCCAGGUCCUCACAGUCCCAGGUCCUCACAGUCCCAGGUCCUCACAGUCCCAGGUCCUCACAGUCCCAGGUCCUCACAGUCCCAGGUCCUCACAGUCCCAGGUCCUCACAGUCCCAGGUCCUCACAGUCCCAGGUCCUCACAGUCCCAGGUCCUCACAGUCCCAGGUCCUCACAGUCCCAGGUCCUCACAGUCCCAGGUCCUCACAGUCCCAGGUCCUCACAGUCCCAGGUCCUCACAGUCCCAGGUCCUCACAGUCCCAGGUCCUCACAGUCCCAGGUCCUCACAGUCCCUGGUCCUCACAGUCCCAGGUCCUCACAGUCCCAGGUCCUCACAGUCCCAGGUCCUCACAGUCCCAGGUCCUCACAGUCCCAGGUCCUCACAGUCCCAGGUCCUCACAGUCUCAGGUCCUCACAGUCUCAGACCCUGGUCCUCACAGUCCCAGGUCCUCACAGUCCCAGACCCUGGUCCUCACAGUCCCAGACCCUGGUCCUCACAGUCUCAGACCCUGGUCCUCACAGUCACAGACCCUGGUCCUCACAGUCACAGACCCUGGUCCUCACAGUCACAGACCCUGGACCUCACAGUCUCAGACCCUGGUCCUCACAGUCACAGACCCUGGUCCUCACAGUCUCAGACCCUGGUCCUCACAGUCACAGACCCUGGUCCUCACAGUCUCAGACCCUGGUCCUCACAGUCACAGACCCUGGUCCUCACAGUCUCAGACCCUGGUCCUCACAGUCUCAGACCCUGGUCCUCACAGUCUCAGACCCUGGUCCUCACAGUCUCAGACCCUGGUCCUCACAGUCACAGACCCUGGUCCUCACAGUCCCAGACCCUGGUCCUCACAGUCACAGACCCUGGUCCUCACAGUCUCAGACCCUGGUCCUCACAGUCCCAGACCCUGGUCCUCACAGUCACAGACCCUGGUCCUCACAGUCUCAGACCCUGGUCCUCACAGUCUCAGACCCUGGUCCUCACAGUCCCAGACCCUGGUCCUCACAGUCUCAGACCCUGGUCCUCACAGUCCCAGACCCUGGUCCUCACAGUCCCAGACCCUGGUCCUCACAGUCUCAGACCCUGGUCCUCACAGUCACAGACCCUGGUCCUCACAGUCUCAGACCCUGGUCCUCACAGUCCCAGACCCUGGUCCUCACAGUCUCAGACCCUGGUCCUCACAGUCUCAGACCCUGGUCCUCACAGUCUCAGACCCUGGUCCUCACAGUCCCAGACCCUGGUCCUCACAGUCACAGACCCUGGUCCUCACAGUCUCAGACCCUGGUCCUCACAGUCUCAGACCCUGGUCCUCACAGUCUCAGACCCUGGUCCUCACAGUCACAGACCCUGGUCCUCACAGUCACAGACCCUGGUCCUCACAGUCUCAGACCCUGGUCCUCACAGUCUCAGACCCUGGUCCUCACAGUCUCAGACCCUGGUCCUCACAGUCCCAGACCCUGGUCCUCACAGUCACAGACCCUGGUCCUCACAGUCUCAGACCCUGGUCCUCACAGUCUCAGACCCUGGUCCUCACAGUCUCAGACCCUGGUCCUCACAGUCCCAGACCCUGGUCCUCACAGUCCCAGACCCUGGUCCUCACAGUCACAGACCCUGGUCCUCACAGACCCUGGUCCUCACAGUCUCAGACCCUGGUCCUCACAGUCACAGACCCUGGUCCUCACAGUCACAGACCCUGGUCCUCACAGUCUCAGACCCUGGUCCUCACAGUCUCAGACCCUGGUCCUCACAGUCUCAGACCCUGGUCCUCACAGUCUCAGACCCUGGUCCUCACAGUCUCAGACCCUGGUCCUCACAGUCCCAGACCCUGGUCCUCACAGUCACAGACCCUGGUCCUCACAGUCCCAGACCCUGGUCCUCACAGUCUCAGACCCUGGUCCUCACAGUCACAGACCCUGGUCCUCACAGUCUCAGACCCUGGUCCUCACAGUCUCAGACCCUGGUCCUCACAGUCUCAGACCCUGGUCCUCACAGUCCCAGACCCUGGUCCUCACAGUCACAGACCCUGGUCCUCACAGUCACAGACCCUGGUCCUCACAGUCUCAGACCCUGGUCCUCACAGUCCCAGACCCUGGUCCUCACAGACCCUGGUCCUCACAGUCUCAGACCCUGGUCCUCACAGUCUCAGACCCUGGUCCUCACAGUCACAGACCCUGGUCCUCACAGUCCCAGACCCUGGUCCUCACAGUCUCAGACCCUGGUCCUCACAGUCUCAGACCCUGGUCCUCACAGUCCCAGACCCUGGUCCUCACAGUCACAGACCCUGGUCCUCACAGUCCCAGACCCUGGUCCUCACAGUCUCAGACCCUGGUCCUCACAGUCUCAGACCCUGGUCCUCACAGUCUCAGACCCUGGUCCUCACAGUCUCAGACCCUGGUCCUCACAGUCACAGACCCUGGUCCUCACAGUCUCAGACCCUGGUCCUCACAGUCUCAGACCCUGGUCCUCACAGUCUCAGACCCUGGUCCUCACAGUCUCAGACCCUGGUCCUCACAGUCCCAGACCCUGGUCCUCACAGUCUCAGACCCUGGUCCUCACAGUCUCAGACCCUGGUCCUCACAGUCCCAGACCCUGGUCCUCACAGUCUCAGACCCUGGUCCUCACAGUCUCAGACCCUGGUCCUCACAGUCUCAGACCCUGGUCCUCACAGUCUCAGACCCUGGUCCUCACAGUCUCAGACCCUGGUCCUCACAGUCUCAGACCCUGGUCCUCACAGUCUCAGACCCUGGUCCUCACAGUCACAGACCCUGGUCCUCACAGUCUCAGACCCUGGUCCUCACAGUCUCAGACCCUGGUCCUCACAGUCUCAGACCCUGGUCCUCACAGUCUCAGACCCUGGUCCUCACAGUCUCAGACCCUGGUCCUCACAGUCUCAGACCCUGGUCCUCACAGUCCCAGACCCUGGUCCUCACAGUCUCAGACCCUGGUCCUCACAGUCUCAGACCCUGGUCCUCACAGUCUCAGACCCUGGUCCUCACAGUCUCAGACCCUGGUCCUCACAGUCUCAGACCCUGGUCCUCACAGUCUCAGACCCUGGUCCUCACAGUCUCAGACCCUGGUCCUCACAGUCUCAGACCCUGGUCCUCACAGUCCCAGACCCUAGUCCUCACAGUCUCAGACCCUGGUCCUCACAGUCUCAGACCCUGGUCCUCACAGUCUCAGACCCUGGUCCUCACAGUCUCAGACCCUGGUCCUCACAGUCUCAGACCCUGGUCCUCACAGUCCCAGACCCUGGUCCUCACAGUCUCAGACCCUGGUCCUCACAGUCUCAGACCCUGGUCCUCACAGUCCCAGACCCUGGUCCUCACAGUCACAGACCCUGGUCCUCACAGUCCCAGACCCUGGUCCUCACAGUCCCAGACCCUGGUCCUCACAGUCUCAGACCCUGGUCCUCACAGUCUCAGACCCUGGUCCUCACAGUCACAGACCCUGGUCCUCACAGUCUCAGACCCUGGUCCUCACAGUCUCAGACCCUGGUCCUCACAGUCUCAGACCCUGGUCCUCACAGUCUCAGACCCUGGUCCUCACAGUCCCAGACCCUGGUCCUCACAGUCUCAGACCCUGGUCCUCACAGUCUCAGACCCUGGUCCUCACAGUCCCAGACCCUGGUCCUCACAGUCUCAGACCCUGGUCCUCACAGUCCCAGACCCUGGUCCUCACAGUCUCAGACCCUGGUCCUCACAGUCCCAGACCCUGGUCCUCACAGUCUCAGACCCUGGUCCUCACAGUCUCAGACCCUGGUCCUCACAGUCACAGACCCUGGUCCUCACAGUCUCAGACCCUGGUCCUCACAGUCUCAGACCCUGGUCCUCACAGUCUCAGACCCUGGUCCUCACAGUCCCAGACCCUGGUCCUCACAGUCUCAGACCCUGGUCCUCACAGUCUCAGACCCUGGUCCUCACAGUCCCAGACCCUGGUCCUCACAGUCUCAGACCCUGGUCCUCACAGUCUCAGACCCUGGUCCCUCACAGUCCCAGACCCUGGUCCUCACAGUCUCAGACCCUGGUCCUCACAGUCUCAGACCCUGGUCCUCACAGUCUCAGACCCUGGUCCUCACAGUCUCAGACCCUGGUCCUCACAGUCUCAGACCCUGGUCCUCACAGUCACAGACCCUGGUCCUCACAGACCCUGGUCCUCACAGUCUCAGACCCUGGUCCUCACAGUCACAGACCCUGGUCCUCACAGUCUCAGACCCUGGUCCUCACAGUCUCAGACCCUGGUCCUCACAGUCUCAGACCCUGGUCCUCACAGUCUCAGACCCUGGUCCUCACAGUCACAGACCCUGGUCCUCACAGUCUCAGACCCUGGACCUCACAGUCUCAGACCCUGGUCCUCACAGUCCCAGACCCUGGUCCUCACAGUCUCAGACCCUGGUCCUCACAGUCCCAGACCCUGGUCCUCACAGUCACAGACCCUGGUCCUCACAGUCCCAGACCCUGGUCCUCACAGUCACAGACCCUGGUCCUCACAGUCCCAGACCCUGGUCCUCACAGUCUCAGACCCUGGUCCUCACAGUCUCAGACCCUGGUCCUCACAGUCUCAGACCCUGGUCCUCACAGUCACAGACCCUGGUCCUCACAGUCCCAGACCCUGGACCUCACAGUCUCAGACCCUGGUCCUCACAGUCCCAGACCCUGGUCCUCACAGUCUCAGACCCUGGUCCUCACAGUCUCAGACCCUGGUCCUCACAGUCUCAGACCCUGGUCCUCACAGUCCCAGACCCUGGUCCUCACAGUCACAGACCCUGGUCCUCACAGUCUCAGACCCUGGUCCUCACAGUCCCAGACCCUGGUCCUCACAGUCUCAGACCCUGGUCCUCACAGUCUCAGACCCUGGUCCUCACAGUCUCAGACCCUGGUCCUCACAGUCUCAGACCCUGGUCCUCACAGUCUCAGACCCUGGUCCUCACAGUCUCAGACCCUGGUCCUCACAGUCUCAGACCCUGGUCCUCACAGUCCCAGACCCUGGUCCUCACAGUCUCAGACCCUGGUCCUCACAGUCUCAGACCCUGGUCCUCACAGUCUCAGACCCUGGUCCUCACAGUCUCAGACCCUGGUCCUCACAGUCCCAGACCCUGGUCCUCACAGUCUCAGACCCUGGUCCUCACAGUCUCAGACCCUGGUCCUCACAGUCUCAGACCCUGGUCCUCACAGUCUCAGACCCUGGUCCUCACAGUCUCAGACCCUGGUCCUCACAGUCCCAGACCCUGGUCCUCACAGUCCCAGACCCUGGUCCUCACAGUCCCAGACCCUGGUCCUCACAGUCACAGACCCUGGUCCUCACAGUCUCAGACCCUGGUCCUCACAGUCUCAGACCCUGGUCCUCACAGUCCCAGACCCUGGUCCUCACAGUCUCAGACCCUGGUCCUCACAGUCACAGACCCUGGUCCUCACAGUCCCAGACCCUGGUCCUCACAGUCCCAGACCCUGGUCCUCACAGUCACAGACCCUGGUCCUCACAGUCUCAGACCCUGGACCUCACAGUCUCAGACCCUGGACCUCACAGUCUCAGACCCUGGUCCUCACAGUCUCAGACCCUGGUCCUCACAGUCCCUGGUCCUCACAGUCUCAGACCCUGGACCUCACAGUCUCAGACCCUGGUCCUCACAGUCUCAGACCCUGGUCCUCACCGUCUCAGACCCUGGUCCUCACAGUCUCAGACCCUGGUCCUCACAGUCUCAGACCCUGGUCCUCACAGUCACAGACCCUGGUCCUCACAGUCUCAGACCCUGGACCUCACAGUCUCAGACCCUGGUCCUCACAGUCCCAGACCCUGGUCCUCACAGUCACAGACCCUGGUCCUCACAGUCUCAGACCCUGGACCUCACAGUCUCAGACCCUGGUCCUCACAGUCUCAGACCCUGGUCCUCACAGUCCCUGGUCCUCACAGUCUCAGACCCUGGUCCUCACAGUCACAGACCCUGGUCCUCACAGUCUCAGACCCUGGACCUCACAGUCUCAGACCCUGGUCCUCACAGUCUCAGACCCUGGUCCUCACAGUCCCUGGUCCUCACAGUCUCAGACCCUGGACCUCACAGUCUCAGACCCUGGUCCUCACAGUCACAGACCCUGGUCCUCACAGUCUCAGACCCUGGACCUCACAGUCUCAGACCCUGGUCCUCACAGUCUCAGACCCUGGUCCUCACAGUCCCUGGUCCUCACAGUCUCAGACCCUGGACCUCACAGUCUCAGACCCUGGUCCUCACAGUCCCAGACCCUGGUCCUCACAGUCACAGACCCUGGUCCUCACAGUCUCAGACCCUGGUCCUCACAGUCUCAGACCCUGGUCCUCACAGUCUCAGACCCUGGUCCUCACAGUCCCAGACCCUGGUCCUCACAGUCUCAGACCCUGGUCCUCACAGUCUCAGACCCUGGUCCUCACAGUCUCAGACCCUGGUCCUCACAGUCCCAGACCCUGGUCCUCACAGUCUCAGACCCUGGUCCUCACAGUCUCAGACCCUGGUCCUCACAGUCCCAGACCCUGGUCCUGUUGUGUCUGGUCCUCACAGUCCCAGACCCUGGUACCCUGGAUCACACUCACAGUCUCAGACCCUGGUCCUCACAGUCCCAGACCCUGGUCCUCACAGUCACAGACCCUGGUCCUCACAGUCACAGACCCUGGUCCUCACAGACCCUGGUCCUCACAGUCACAGACCCUGGUCCUCACAGUCCGAACAGUCCUCACAGACCCUGGUCCUCACAGUCACAGACCCUGGUCCUCACAGUCACACCCUGGUCCUCACAGUCACAGACCCUGGUCCUCACAGUCACAACAGACCCUGGUCAGACCCUGGUCGUACAAUGA